AUGUAUGUCAGCGCCCAGCACCAUUCCAGUUUGUUAUGCUUCAAAUUUAAAAGGCGUCGCGUCGACUGGCGGAUAUUACCCUUGCUUGGAGCCCUUUACGCGCUAUCUCUUAUUGAUAGAGCCAACAUUGGCGUGGAACUUAGUAUCGGCUCCCGCUACAGUAUCGUACAUGCAUCUAUUUCAUCCCAUACACCCUACUGUUCUGAACUGCCGAGUAAUAUAUGUCUGCGUGCUUUUGGGGUCCUUAUCGCCUGGGGUGCUGUUCAGCUUGGCAUGGGCUUCGUUUCCUCAUGGGAGUACUUGGCACUCUGUCGAGCUCUUCUAGGUACCUUCGAGGCGGGGCUUCUCCCGGCAACGGCAUUCCUCGUGUCCACCUGGUACAAACGCCAUGAAGUUCAAAAAAAACUUGCUGGGCUGUAUAUGACGUCGAUUCUCGCUGGUGGCUUUAGCUCCAUCUUUGCAUACGCUCUGAGUCGUCUUGAGGGUAAAGGAGGGACGGUCACCAUUAUUUUUGGAGCUACUUCCUGGAUAUACAUCCCCGACUUUCCUGACAGGAAUGACUUCUUCACUGCAGAAGAGACUACCCUGGUGUUGCAGCGCAUUGAAGAAGACCGUGGUGACUCGUUGCCUGAUCCAAUAAAGGGAAAGGUGUUGUUGCACCUCCGUGAUUGGAAGAUUUGGAUAUUUUUCCUAUCUAUGAUCUUGAGUGGAAUGGGAUGGAGUAUUGAGACAUCCUUGUUGCUUGCCAUUAGUGUCAUGUUAUUUGCGUGGUUGUCCGACAUAUAUCAUACAAGAGCUUUAUUUAUUGCUAUGCAAACACUGAUGACUAUGAUCGGCUUAGUUCUGACAGCCUAUGCGCGCCUCCCUGUCCCGCGUUACAUUGGAACAUUUCUGGCCGGCGCAGGUUCAACAGGAAGUAUAACCGGGAUUCUGGCAUAUGCCUCGAACAACUCUGUCUCGCACUCGAAGCGAGCUGUGACUAUGGCGAUCAUAGUUAGUUUCGGCGGAAUUGGCGGGAUCAUUGCGACUACUAUUUGUCGUCAGCAAGACUCUCCGAAUUAUAUCCCGGGUAUGAUCGCGACUAUUUUACUCCAGGCACUUCUUCUGUUUCUGCUUGGUAUCCUGACUGCGUACUUUCGGUACCAGAACAAGAUGAAGUCGAGAGGAGGCGGUUUGGUCCCAGGAACAUUUCUAUAUACACUCUAA